UCUCUCUCUCUCACACACACACAGGAGGAGUUAACUUUAGAAGAAAGAAUAUGCUUCCAUUCCAAGGCUACUAUGGCCUUCAGAGCCUUACAAAUCUACAUGGACUAGCUGAAGAACCAAAGUCUAUGAAGAAGCAGUUGGACGGUGGAGUACUUUCAAACUCGAGCUCAGGAUCGAAGUCCCCAAGAAAGAAAUCAGAAGAAUCAUCCAAGAAACACGCCAUUGCCGAGCAGAAACGCAGAGAACGAAUCAACCUCCAUUACAACAGACUCCGCCAACUCUUCCCUCACCUUUCCAAAAGUGAUAAGGCUUCAGUGCUGACAGAGACGGUCCGGCACAUGAAGGAGCUGAGGAAGAAGGUGGCCAAUCACGGUGUGCUGCGUCAGGAUCGCGACCGAUGCUGUAGCGGCGGUUCGGUAUCAUGGCCGUUCUUUUUACCCAGCGAGAAUGACGAGGCCACGGUAAGUUACUGUGAGGAAGAUGAGGGCAGAAUGGUAAAGGCAACGGUCUGUUGCGAGGAUAGGCCGGGGCUGAACCGCGACUUGACGGAGGCUAUCCGGUCUGUUCGGGGGAGAGCGGUGAGGGCGGAAAUGGCGACUAUUGGAGGGCGGACCAAGGCGGUGGUGGUUGUGCAGUGGAGGGAAGAAGAAGGUGGUGGUGGAGUAGAGGAAGAUGUUGGGACGUUGAAAAAGUCCUUGAAGGCUGUGGUGGAUAAUCGGGCUUUAGGAUGUUCUGGGCUUGUGGACCAAGUUCUACCUUGUACGAAAUGGGCCAUGAUUUGACUGGUGCGGUCAGUGACGUGAGUGGUAAUGGUUUGUCAUUGAGAAGUGUCUGAUUAUCACUUAUUAUCUUCUACGAGGUGAAAUAUAGUCGAUCUUAACCCCAUGUAAUAUUCAUUUAAAAUUGAAUGUUAUAGAUUAGAGACCACGUUAACAAAAUACUAAUAUGAGGCACACAAAUGAGGCUGAACCCUAAAGGUCUUAUGUUUCCUAUUUGUUUGAUGGUAAGAAGUUCAAUCGAUUUCCGGGAUCCUCUCGUUUUGAUUGAUUCUUUUUUACUAUGAGAAUCUCUUGUAAUCCUUCCAAACGAUUGAAUUGAAUUAGUCG